CCGGCGCGCGCGGGAAAGAUGGGUGACAGUCGCCGGCGAGAUGUUCAAGCGGACGGUCGCGAUCGUAGCCGUGGCGCUCGCCGCCCAGGUUUUAGGACAACUGCGUGGAGGUGGUGGGUUCACAUGCCCAGAAAAGAAUGGACGAUUUCCAAGUCCACAGCAGUGUGAUGCAUAUAUUGAGUGUGAAGAAGGUGUUGCAACAGAAAAACUAUGUCCAGAUGGACUCCUUUUUAAUCCAAAGGCACGUUUCUUCGCAUAUCCCUGUCAGUAUCCUGUAAAUGUUGACUGUGAAGGAAGAUCAGCUCUACAGCCACCACAACCAACAGAGGACUGCCCAAGGCAGUACGGCUACUUCCUUCGCGGUGAUACUUCAAAUUGUGGCAAGUUUGUUAACUGUGCCGCUGGUGUUGGAUAUGAAUUUGACUGCCCGGAAGGCCUAGCAUUUAAUGCAGAUACCCUUCUUUGUGAUUGGCCCGACCAAGUGCCAACAUGCGAUGCAGAAGCCUUCCUUGGUUUUCGGUGUCCUGAACCAAAUGGGAGAUAUGAUGACUUCCAGUUCUUUAGAAGUCCAGCAGAUUGCCAGAAGUAUUUCAUAUGUGUCAAUGGUCGACCUCGUCUGUACAGCUGUGGUGACGGAGAUGCAUUUAAUGAAGAGUUUGGAGGCUGUGAUGGUAUAGAGAAUGUCACAGCAUGCAACAACCAGCAAAAUCUUCGUCUCGCAACAACGACAGUAAAACCAAUAGGACUGCCAACACAGUAUCAAUACAAGCAGGGCUAAAUUUCUAUGUGACAAAUCUUCCAUCAAGCAUUCAUCAACAUGGCACAAUGAGCCAUUAUAAACAUCCUGUUGAUUUGGGAAUCACUACAAACAUUACUGAUUAAACAUCAAUAUGUAACCAUUGUGUAUCAAGAUCUCUACAUAUUGAAUAAAUUUAACACAAUAUAAAUGGUAUUUCAAUUUUUUAUAUAUAAUUAGUGCUGAUUUUUAUCUUGCAAUACAUGAGCAUGCAUGUUCUGCAAAGCAAAUGAACAUAAAUCUGUGGCCCAAACUAAAACUGGACAUACUGUACAUAUGUCAAAAUUAAACUGUAACAUGUAUGGUGAUAUCAUAAUUUAUUGAAUGGUGAAUAUAAACAUUAUUUCUAUGGUUGUAUAGUGUCACACAGUAUUAAGACUAUGUACUAUAAGAAAUGUUAUUUGAUGUCCACAAUAAAACAGCAUUUUCCAAGUGAUAA